UUUUAGUCGCAUAUAUUUUUAUUAGCAAGUCACCUAAAAUCUCCCAAAGCAGCUUUGUCUUUGGUCACAUCCUAAACGCAAAGGGUCCCUCUCUUAGUCCACUUGAAACGAUAUCAGGCAUGUUACACUCUAUAUUUUAAAAUUAUAUCUUAUAUAAUACACCCCCAUUGUAGUAUUUCUGUAUAAGCGGGUAAACACCCCACACAGUGCUCCUGCCGAGCUUGCCGGUGUCUGUGCCCCCAUGCCCUAAAUAGAAUGUGCCCCCAUGCCCUAAAUACAAUGUGCGCCUCACUGUCCGCCAUGUCGGUUGAGGGCGGACAUGACGUGAUGCUGUAGUCUCCGCUUCCGAUAGCAGGUCGGGUUGGGGGAGGAGGAGGAGGUGUUUGCAGUCGGCUAUGUGCGCUGCUGUGUUCCUGCAUCCUGGUAUCUCGGAGCCUCCAUCCUGCUCUGCGAGUGCCCGGACUAAAAACAGGAAGUGAGUAUGAGGCCCGGCCCCGUGUGAGUGUGACAAGGAAGAAAGCCCCAAGAUUAGGGACCUCACUGCCCCCUGCCCCUCUCUGAGCGGACCCCAACCUGACUCUACCCUGUGGGGGGGUUGGGAGGGACCCCUCACACUGUGCUGGCUGGCUGGCUGCAGUAACAUUGUAUCCAUAGAGCUCAGUGUGCAUAUAAUGCAGGGCUGCUCACUAACACUACUUCAUUAACUCAGCUAAUCACUACAAAGACAUGGGGACCACAACUAUAAUGAUUACUGUAACAAGAGCACAGAGAAUAAUUCACAUCCACUGGCCUGUGUAUAAAGAUAAAGUAUAGUAACUGAGAAAAUCCAUAUUAAAAUAGCAAUAUGUUAAAAUAUAUAUAUAUAUAUAUAUAUAUAUAUAUAUAUAUAUAUAUUUUUAAACACAGUUUAAUUAGACUGUAAGCUCAUUUGAGCAGGGCCCUCCUCACCCUAUUUAUCCUGUUACAUUUUGUAAUUGUCUCAUUUAUUGUUAAAAUUACCCCCUUCAUUUUAUUGUAAAACGCCACGGAAAAGUGUGGCGCUGUAUAAAUACAAAUAAUAAAAAUAAUAAUGCCUCAUAAUAUUCUUACUAUCUCGCCAUUGAUUAUUAUGCAAGGACCAUUUGUUAUUAUGAAAUGUGUUAUUCUCUAAAUUGACUGCAACUUAUGUGAUGCUCAGUCAGACUCACACUUUUGAUUUAUUUUCUGUAUGACUGCUUGGCAUCGUGAGGCUUUUAUUUCAAAUACAGUUGUAGAACUACUCUAUGAAUGUCCUAUAUCUACAAGCAAGUUGAUGAAUCGCAACUUGUUUCCACAAAAUACCUGAAAAUGUUGUUUUACAUCCUAAGAUGACUUUGUUGCCUUGUUCUAAUAAGAGAAAAAUAAACAUUUUGAUAACAUCUGUUAUGACGUUUCCCCAAACUAUGAUAUAUAGCUAUUUAAUUUUGUAGCACUACAAUAGGCCGUUGUGGCUUUAUAGUAUUACACAUUGAAUAGUCAGGUUAAAGUAAUCUAUUGCAAAAUGUUAGGUGCUCAGGAUGCAGAAUAACCAUUGAGUACAGUGUGGAUAAAAGGGGCAAGUUUAACAUUUUCUGACUUGUGAGGUUUUCAAAAAUCUAGAAUCUGUAUAAAAAAUGUGUGUACUGCUUUGAAAUUCUAGUCCACUAAAAUAAUAAUAAUAAUAAUAAUAAUAAAAAAUAUAUAUAAAUGGAUGAAAAAAGCCAGCACUCUGAGUCUUGUAAAUAAUUAUUUACAAGACCCAGAGUGCUGUCUUUUUUCAUCCAUCUAUAUAUUGUGCAGUCGAGCACCAGGCAAUACUUCAAGGGAUAGCUGGAGUGCAAAAUUGUUUGGUAUUGUAAAUGUAUGUGUGUGUACACACACACACAUACCAGGGUUUCCCAAAAGGUAGAUACCCAGAUAUUUUAAAACUACAUCUCCAAUGAUGCUUUGCAUGCCUUUAGGAUGCUUUAAAAUUACAAACCAUCAUGGAAGCUGUAGUUCUACAACAUCUGGGAAUCUACCUUUUGGACACCCCUGUAAUAGACAAUAUAGGUCAGCACUUAAAAUUUCCACUUGCCCACUAGCCAUUGAAUCGUGUCAUGGGGCACUAAAUAAUAUAAGUGGGCACUGGCAGUUUCAAGGUUUGGAGAAAUUAUGGAAAGCUACCAGCCCUCACCUAACCCAGUCUAUGUGCAGGGACAAGGAACUAUACAGUGCCAUGGUCAGUCUGGCAUUAUUAGAAUUAAAAACCCUAACUAAAGAACCAUAUUAAAUAAAUGUAACAAUCGAAAAACCUGGGUUAAAUUUGUGUUACAGUUAAUUAUGCCAAGUGAUGUUUUCUUGUAAUAAGUUUGCUCUGUAAGUUAAAACCUCUUUCUAACCCCCACCUAACUAACCUAAGGUGUUUCCCUUAAUUUUCCAGCAUUUGUAAUGUUGUCCUCUAUAAAUGUAUUUCCUGGAGAGACUGCACGGCAAUGGUUUAUGGGAGUUAUAGUUCAGUUGUGGGAGAAUUGUGCUUUCCUGUGCUACUUGGUUUUUUUGAGUGUUACUGCAAAAUCAGGGGGUUCAAAGCAAAUGUAGGAAUUUCAUAUGGGAUAACAUUGGUAUGUGUCAUUUUUUAUUUUGUAUAAUUUUACAGUUUUAUUGAUAGAAAUCAUUAAACAAAAUAGAGCAACUUGAACAUGAGUGUGAUUUCCCUUUUUUAAUGCGUUAUGGAUAUCAUUGUCAUUUAAGUGAGUAGGUCUGUAAACAGUUUUCAUUUAUGAAGCUCUUCUCUGUCUCAGGCCGUGUGCUUUCCAUUUGUCACUACAAGUACAAGACACUAUCUCGCCAAAACACUUGAAUGUUAAGAAUGAAUAUUUAUUAUAAAAUUACAGUGUUCCCUUUUAGUUUAGAGUACUGCCCCUCAUUGUGUAAAAAUAAAUAAAAACUUACCGGUAAUCCAGCACCAGAACAUUCUCCUCUAUCUUCACUUGCUCUUUCUCAUGAUGAAAUCAUCAAUUCUGAUUUUUUUAAUCUAGGUGGCAUAUAGGGUACAUGAGCAUAAAUUGCCAUUCCUUGCCAGUUCAGCAAUUCUCAUGAUUCCAGUGCUUUUCUAUGAGAUGUUCUGGACAUAUUCGGCAUCAUUAUACAAUGACACCAAACAUGAAGAUCUUCAAAUGUGUAGAUUUUCUACAGGAAAUUGCCUCUAGAUGUCUUUAGUCUGACAGCUACUAGAGGCUUGAUUUAACCCCUUAAGGACACAUGACGUGUGACAUGUCAUGAUUCCCUUUUAUUCCAGAAGUUUGGUCCUUAAGUGGUUAAGCAACAUGUAAACAUUACUGUUUAAAACAGAAAUGUUUUACAUUGGCAGACAAAAGGGAUAGGGUCUUUGGACCAAAAGCAUGUCAUUAAGAUUAAGUGGUUUGGUUCUCAGAGUGACAAUUUAAAGGGAAACUCCAAGUACCAUGCAGGUUACUGUACUGUUGUGGCUAUGGUGCUAAGAGAAUAUGGGUACCGUCACUCCAUAUAUUUUGAAAUGGUUGAUAAAAACCAAGGAAUACACAGAUACCCUAAGUGUACCACCACGCUGAUAAGCACUAAACUAUGUUCAUGGUACAGGUACUAUGUUUAUGGUACAGGUAAUAAUGCAUGGAGCUCUGCAGUUCUUUUCUACUAUCAUGAGAAGCAGAGAGGGAGCUUAUAUUGUAUUAGACCGGUGCCCACAGGAUCUGGGGUGGUUUUAAAAACACAGAGAAAAUCAACUGGUCAGUCUCAGGUAAUGAGACUGACAUAGCUUACAUAGAGAGCUUUCUGCACUGUGCCAGCCAGAUGUAGUGGAGGCACAGAGCGGUGUCUGGAGGUCCUCAUGUAAGGAAGGCAAACUGUUUUAAAACAGUCUAACUACUUACAGUGGGGCUGUGCAGGGGCAUUCCUGGAACCAUAACCACUACAGCAGAAUCCAGAAUAGAUAUUACAGUGCAUUUUGAAACCCAGACAUUUGAGUGUUGUUUUCUUUUUUUUCUAUGAAUUAAUCUUUGUCAAGAUUUACCAUAUCUGUUUUAAGGAAUAUAUUACAAGUCUAUCUUUACCAUCCAAGGUUUGAAGGCUUUUUAUGGAUAAUCUAAAGUGCGUCUUUCAUAUUACCCUGCAGGGGGCUGGGCUUUGGAUAUCACAGAGAGCAUCAGUAUUUAUCAAACUACUCACAAAUGCUUUUACUUACAGUGCCCAUAUUAAAUAGCUUGCUUUCUUUCUCUCUCUUUCCCUUCCUCAAAAGCUGGUUAUACUUUGGUUGUUGUCCUUCCCCACCCUCCUCCAAAAAGAGUUGCCCUAUUUAUCUUAACAUAGGUAGUGUUUACCAUUACUAUUUUAUAGGUAUUUGUCCAUCAUUGUAAUUGUGAUGGAACGCCAUCACUGAGUGCCAGCAUCUCCCCGAGCGCCGAUUGGUGCAAGUUGGUUUCGAGCCCAUUCUCCUGAUUGGCCGGCGGGGCACCUCCCCUCCCUGAGUGCCGAUUGGUGCAAAUUGGUUUGCGACCUGUCUCCUGAUUGGCUGCUGCAUGGUUUCACUCCGGCUUCAAGGAAGGGGAUCAUCCCACCGCUGCCACCGCAUGUGAUGGUAUACCCUCUCAGGAUGGGUUAUACUGCCUGUGGUCGCCCCUUCCUAGUUGUGCCCAGCCCUAGAGUGAUUAUAGCGGCAAGCCAGUGAUCAUAGUCACUUGCAGGAGGGCAAUAGUGGUAUCACCCAAACACUAGUCGAGAAUUAGUGAACAGUGAAAAAUAACUCUUUAUUGCAGGCAAGAUACACAGUCUUUAUGCACAGACCCCGGCAAGGGGUCUCCAUUUACAGCAAUACAAAACAUAUGCCUAUCCCGGCCUCGCUGCGUCUGGGAGAUAAUGGUAUCUCCCGGACACAGGAAGCCGAACACACACACACAAAAAAAAAAUACACACCAUACAGUAAUGCACACCCACAUGCCAUACAUCCCCAACUAGCUCCUGGUCCCAGCUAUGAUCCCUGCAAAUUGCAGAGCGAUCGGAUGUACAAAACCCGAGCUAUCCUCAUAUAAAGUCUGGGCUUGAGGCUCCGUACAUACCCGAAAAAAGUUCCAUAGAAUCACCAAUCAGGAGAAAGGGCGCAAACCAAUUUUCACCAAUCGGCGCUGAGGGAGCGGAGGUGUCUCGACAGCCAAUCGGGAGAAAGGGCGCAAAACCAACUUGCACUAAUCGGCACUUGGGAAGGGGAUGGCACUAUUUUUUAAAAUUUUUAUUAUUAUUCUUUUUUGCGUGACAUAAAUAAUGGUCAGUGGCUAAAAAGCAUAACAAGGUUACCAUAAUGUACAAAAUAUAUAUCACAUUCUCCAACCUAAAAAUAAAACGUACAUGCCAUGUAGGUAACCAACAUGUUGGGCCAGAGGGCUCCCAAAAUCCAGUUGUGUCACGGUUUUUGUGUUUAUAAUAAAAUAGGAACAAAGUCAGAAAAUGCAGUGUAUAUACAUACUUUGUGAUAUGCGGGUAGGAGCUUACUAGUGUGCAAGUACAUACAUUUCUCAAUGUAGUUCCCCUUCGUGGAUCAACAUCUCAAAAAAGAAAAUGAAAAAUGAGAAAUGUUCCCAUUGUAAAUAUUUCAGUGUGACAUAAAAGAGUAAGUAAAGGCAAAGAAGAGAAAGAGAGAAAAGAUGAGAAAUAGAAGGACAUAUGGGUCAUGUGUAUGGGGAAAGUAACGUCCGUCCGCCUACAGUAAAAAGGACCACAGUCAGGUCCUCUUGUUUGGUGUAUAGGGGCAUCAGGCAGAGGGGCGAGGGGGGGGGGGACCGGGGAACGGGCUGCACAUCAUUCACCCACUCCUCCGUAGCGCUAACCCACGUCGGCAGUGGCUCUAACGUAUUUCAGAGAUCGUUUGUAUCCCUGUCAGUGUCAGUCCACUAGCAGACAGUUUUCCCAUAAGCCCCAGAUUUUUUUGAACUUUCUAUUGGAUCCACAUACCUUUGCCGUUAGCUUAUCCAUGAGAUGGGUUUCCUUUAUUUUGCUAAUAAUGGCUGGUGUAGGAGGAGUACCCAUUUUUAGCCAAUGUUACGUCACUACCCUAUGGGCUGCCAGCGUAAUCUUGUGUAAUAACUUUUGUCCGUGCUUGGACCAACCGUCCACUGAUCUGUUCAAUAGUUAUACCCAGGGAUCGAGAGUUGGUUCCUGUUGGAAUACUUGCCUCACUACCUCCCCAACCGAAUCCCAGAAACCUUUAAUUUUGGGUUAAUAAUGCAUUUCUAAUUGGAUUCACUUGCUGUAUUUAUUGAUUUAGUGAUCAAAGGUACACUAUAGUGAAAGGGCACUCAAGCUGCUUUGGAUACUAAAGUAUUCCCUAAGUGGAACUGGCAAAAUGAUUAGAAGCAGAUGAUAUAGCUAUGGCAGUAUGCAGGUUUCAAUUAAAGGAACACUUCUAGCACUCUGUAGAGGUUAUGGUGCAAAGUGUGUCCUGGCGCUUUGCCAAGGUAAGUUAUCAAACCAUUUGCAAAUGAUUUGACAACAAACCUGGGGUGUACCAGUCACAGCCUCCAGGAUAGCUGGAUUCUAUUCUAGAGUAGGUGAUCAGUGUCUGUAUGACCCUAGGUAUGUUGUCAAACUGUCAGCAAACAGAUUGACUACUUAUACUGGGAGUGCACUGCGGUAAUGCUGUAGUUAUGGUGCUUGGAUUGUUCAAAACAAGUUAUUGCAUAAUUAGCAAUCACUUCAUGGUCCCAAGUAUUUUCUCUCCCCAACAUGUUUAACUAUGUAGCUUUUUGUUGAAGUACUGUCCUUAUCAAAUAAGCCAUGCUUUAUGGGCAUAGCAAGUGUUUUGAGAUCCAUUGUCAGCUUUCUGCUGUAAUUCUGACAUCGUAUAAUGCUAUAUUUUUGAAGAGCAAAUGGAAGACCGCAGGUUUGCAAGCAUCGACGCAUGGAGCAAAUGAACUAUUUAUAAAAAAACACAAACAUAUAAAACUACCAGCAUAGCUGACUGUAACACAAUUUACACAUUACGCCAGAUGUGUGUGGUUGUGUGGCGUGCCCAAUUUCAGCAGGGAUCUGCUCAACUUUGGAACAAGUCCUCUCUAAAAUAAUUCGAUCAAACUCUGUAGGGAGUUGGAAAAUGAAGAGUCAAUAUGAUUUGUGUUUGAUGGACUUUUCAAUUUUAUUAGAUUCAUUAAAUCUGAAGUAAUUGAAAUGUUUUAUAUCUGCAGAGCUCUACCCACAUUGAUUCAAGUAAAACGAUAAGCUUUGUAAGUGGACACUAUAAAGCAGCUCUAUCCAGUUUUAUUUCAUACAAUCCAAUCGUGUAAAAGAGAUUUAGUAGGUUUUGUAGAAGAGCUCAUGUAGCCCAAUACCUAGUCAGUUCAUGCAUUGAGCUCUGCAAAGGUAACAAAACGCAGCAGCUCAUAAUUUUCCCUGAUAGGAUUCAAAGCUCAAAGGUUGCAAUUCCUUGAAUUGGCAACUGAUUUAACCUUGUGACCAUGACAAUUUGUUAGGAGCAGACACAAUGCCACUGUGUAAUAUUAUUUUCUAUUAGCAGGAGCUUGAUAAUCUCAGGCUAUCACGAAAUAACAGGUUGUGUAAGGAAGUGAUUGUUACGAUUAAAUAGAACAUCAAUAGCCAUUAAAGGCACACUUAAGACCCUUAAAAUACUUAAGCUUGUGAAGAGUGUAUCCUUUUUUUUUUUUUGUUGUUGUUUAAUUUUACAAAAAGAUUUCAAUAGAAAUUAGCAUUUUUAUAAAUUAACCUCAUUGUCAAUCCGACAAAUCUGUCCUGUUACUCCUGGUUGUUUAGGUCACUGGAGCUAAACUCAAGAGGCAGUAAUUGCCCAGAGAAUCUGACUUGCAAAUACUUCCAAUGGAGCCACAUUAGGAAGUCUGUGAUUGGACAGCUAGAAAAAGUCUGGGUGUGGUUAGGAUAGGGUCUGCAAAAGCUGCAGACACAAGAUCUGCAGUGUAUGCAAGCUCUUUGUAGGAAUACACAAAAUUUUAAAAAAGUAUAAUUAAAUGCAUGCAUGUUUUAAAUGAAGGUUUAUCUACUAAACACUGGUUUCUAUUUGUUUGUAUUUGGGCAGUGGGGUAUGCAAGUUUUAUACAUUUAUACAUUAGAGCAGGGGUCCUCAAACUCCGGCCCCCCAGAUGUUGCUGAACUACCACUCCCAUGAUUCUCUGGCUAUCUAUGUAAUUCAAAGAAUCAUGGGAGUUGUAGUUCAGCAACAUCUGGGGGGCCAGAGUUUGAGGACCCCUGCAUUAGAGGUUAUGUAUAGUGUGGGUAUUUGAUGUAUUACAAAGUUUUGAAACAUUCUUCUUUGUUUUAGCAGCGGCUUUGUUAACUGUAAAUUUAGAACAGCACAAGUUCAAUCCUAGCAUUUAUAAUAUUGUAUAUGCAGAUUAAUGUUAUGAGAAGGUAGGACUGUUUUAGAUUUUAUUUCAGGACUUGUGUAAUUCAAUGUAAAUGUGUUGUGUCUUUGCACAGAUUGAGUAUGAGCACAGCUGAAGAAGAGGCUGGCACAGUGAAAGUACAAACCAGGAGCUCACUGACCCUUACCCAGGAUCUUGACGGCAACCUAAUCCUCCAUUGUCCUCAGAGUGGUAAAUUAUUUUUUUAUUUACUAUUUCUUUGACCCAUCAUCCGUCCACACACUGCAUCAGUUUUUUUCUGUAUGCAUAACAAUGCACAAGUGCAUAUUUUUACAAAACAUUUCCAUAUUCAAUCUGUUAUCGACCAGUGAGUUUCUUGCCCUAGAAAACUUAACCUGUGUAUAUAGAGUCUGCUUAACAGCAGGCAUCAAGAUCAUUGUUCUGUCAGUAAAAGCAUAACUCCCAAAUAUCCCUGUUUAGGAGGGGCAGUCCAUCUGCUCCUCUUUUCUUUCCUAAUGUCCCUUUUCUCUAAUAUUGUUGGUGUGUCUAAGUGUACAACAGGACUCCACAACAAUAACACUCACACAGGGUUAUUUACUAAACACUGGAUAUUGUCUGGAUAGACAAAAUUGGGCAAAACUAAAAAAUUUCGACCGCAUUGGCAUUUCUCUUAUAUACUAACUACAAAUGCAGUUGGAAUAUGGUUGGCCCAAGAGAAUCUAAACAGUAGAUAUCCUGAUUAAAAUUGGUACUUAUACUUACGCAUUUGUAUCCAAUACAAAGUAUAGGUUUCAACACAUUCACAAAGCACAAAGUCAAAAGCCAUCCCUGCGAAAUAACGGGGGGAAAACAAGUGGGAACUUUAAAAAAAAAAAAAAAAAGUAAUGGGGAGUGGACAGAUUACUAUCCAACUCUCUGUCCCCACCCAUGGCCAUCGAACUGGAAUAUUUAAUAAAAAUAAAUUGGAGGAGGGACAUGCUUAUGUCUGCCCCGCUACCACCUGUAACCAGCAGCGAGGGCUAUUAUAGGAUUCAGCGGAGGGGGACCUAGAGUCAUCUCCUCCAGCCCUCACCGUCCCCCACUCAUCCGGAGUUUGACUCCUUGAGACAACGCUCUGCAUGAGGAUGUCUAACAUCAAAGAAAACACCAAAGGAAAGCAUUGACGAAUUACUUUCCUAUGGGGAAGGCCUAACGCGCGUGUUGCACUUACAGUACAUACCGAUUAGGUCCCUCCACCGGAUGACAUCUUUGGAGGUGGAGCGAUACCUAGCACCGAGGGACUUUGGCGCUGUAAUUGAGUAAGUGAUAAAAGGUGUGUUUUUUUUUUAACUCUGUAUGUGCCGAAGUGAGAGGGCACUAUAGUGUUAGGAAUAAAUCUUUGUAUUCCUAACACUAUAAUCAUCAGAACAACUACAUCUUAGAAAAGACAGUGUUUACAUUGCCCCCUAGGGACACCUCCAAUGGCCACUCUUCAGGUGACCACUAGAGGUGCUUCCUGGUUCAGUGCUGCACAGGAGGCAGCACUGCCUUUCAGUGUCUCCACGCUCUGCAUGGAGAAGCUUAAUUUUCCUCAUAGAGAUGCAUUGAUUCAGUGUAUCUCUAUAAAGAGGUUUUGAGUGGCAAAACGGCAUUUGGUCCCAACCCCAUCCCGCCUCCUUGACGAUUUCAGCCAACCCAAUGUUUCCUGGGUCCCAUCCAAGGAGAUUGGAUGGGACCCAUGUGGUGCUGGAAAUAAGGUGAGUUUUAACCCCUUCUAAGGGGGUAGGGAAGCCACCAAAACGGUGGUUUUAGCACUAUAGGGUCAGGAAUACAUGUUUGUGUUCCUGAGAAUAUAGUGUUCCUUUAAGUAAUGUAAUUACAAAGGUAUAAUAUUACUAUAUAUUUACAACUUACUAUAAGGACCUAUUAGUUUAUCCACCUCCAAAUACUUUCUAUUUGUUGAUCAAGAAGACUAGAACUUUUUCCAGUAUUACCAUAAUGCUGCAAAAAUAAAUACAUCAUUGCUAUGUGCACUAACGCUGGUGGGAUGAGAGGCUAUGUUCCCUGUUCGUAACAAUAUUCAGUUUGAGGUGAUUUGCACUUGCAAAGUCUCCUCCUCUGAAUCUAAAGCACCAUAUAGACACUCCGGUAGUGUCUCGGGGCUUAACCUCUAUACUCAAACGGCUGAAUAAAUCUGAGCUGAUAUUUUAAGAGCAAGAUGUUAUUAUUUUUUGACUAUUAGCAUAAGGUUGUAAUUUAUUUAACAUACCGGGGUACUGCAUAUAGACCAUAUUCAAUUUGAUUCUACUUCUAGUCUAUUUUUAUGAAUUAAAUGUGUAGAGGUAGUUUUAGAAAGAGAAUCAUUACCAUAGCCUUACACUCUGUCUAACUGAAUAUGAAGACAUCUGUAGAGAUUUUUGAAAGAGUAUAGAAAUUCUAUCUUAAUUCAUCAUAAGAUCAGUCUAUUCAAAUAAACUGUGUAUGUAGUUGAAGAUUCUUAGUAAGGGCCAUUUAUCAUAUGGGCUCUGCUCACUUAAACAUAGUGAAUGCGUGACUGUAGACCUUACUAUCUUGCUAUAUACUAGCUCUGUGCAUUACUUAUUAUCUACCCCAAUAUCAGUCUCCAUGCUAAGGAGAUAUUCACCUUAGACUUUUCAUAGUAGUCAUUAUACCAUCUCCCUGUCCUUGUUAUAACAGAUACUUUGAGAUAUUUUUAUCCUUACCCACCCCCAUACAUAAGCAAUUUUUAAUAAAGCCUGGAAAAGUAGGGGAUCCUGGAUUUAUGUCUAAGUCUAUAGUAGUCAGAGGCUUAGCCUAAUAGGCUUUGGAUUUCUUACCUGACCUAUAUUUUGGGGAAGUGUUUAUUUUUAUGAUUACAAUAUAUACAAGGUUUUCUUUUUGUGAGUGUUACAACUAAUUCUAUGUUCCCUGUCCGACUGCUGCAAUCUAUUGACUGUGAUGUGUGCUGAUGUCAGAGUAAAUUACAUGUGUCUACUCUUAGGCAGCAAAAUAAUUUUACUCUUUGUAUCUAUUACAAAUGCAAAAUCUAAAAUAUAAAUUGAAUGUCACUUUGACAUUUAAUUAUAUACUAUAUAACAAAUUUUCUUAAAAUACUAAAAGUAGAACUUUUAAUACUUUUUUAAUGUAAAGCAAACUGUACAACGUAUUAAUAUAGUAAACAUUUGGUUAAUUAUGUGAUUCAAAUGCUGAUGUUGUGGAUUUGUUGAAGGUGUCUAUUAAUGCAACUUAGUGUUAGAGUAACGUAUUGAUUACUAGACUUGAGCUAAAAUUAGUUUGGAGCGGUUCAUGUGUUUCAAAUUUCUUUUAAUCCACACCUGAACAAAUCUAUCCGCCUGUGGAGUUUUAUUUCUUGAACAAGACUCCUCAAGUCAAACCCAGACAGAUCGAUUCAUUCGGAUGUGGAUUAAAAGGAAUUUUAAUCAGACAAUUUUUGCACAAGUCUGUUGCUUACUAUUUUAAGGUGUGAUAACCAUAACAUGCUUUCAGAUGUUAAACAAGCCCAGUUAAUUUAGUGAUAUGCAUUGGUUUGUGUGGAAGUAGAGUGUAAGCUUGAUAUUAUCUAUAUAUAAUUGUUCUUAGAGACAGAUGAAAUAGACUCGGAGGACAUUGUGGGAACCACUGCCAAGAGGCUGUGUUUGUCAUCUGAGCAUGAACACAGUUUUACUGAAACUACCCCCUGCAUAUCUGUUGUUUCCCUACCAUGUAAGUCUGUGGUUAUGGGAAUGUUUUGCACAAGAUUCCUGUAUUAACAAUUUUUUUGUGGUAGAGUGAAACAUUAUGAUAUUGGCACCACAUUUUGGGCUCAUUGCACUUUUGAUAAUUUACUAUAUAUAUAUAUAUAUAUAUAUAUAUAUAUAUAUAUAUUUAUAUUUAUUUUUUUUCAAACUAAUAGAUGUGAUAACUAAAAGCAAGAGAUAAACUUAGAUUUGUACAUUAUUUCAUAAAUGCUAUAAAAGCAAAUCAUAUAUGAAUUUAAAACAGUAAAUACCACUGGGCUCAUUGAUGGAAUGCUUGGCAGUCAGCAUGCACAUUCUCACUAUUCUUGCAUUUAUUCACCAAACCUGUGAUGUCAGGGUAGCUUCGAUUAAAGAUUCUUUUUGACAUUCUGCUCAGAAUGUUAGGUACAUAAGAAGUCUCAAUAUGAGUAAUUGACUCAUAAAUUUAAAGAAAUAAGGUGUACUGCACCUUUUUGCCAUAAGCAAAUUUCUUUGGCCCACAUUUUCCAGGAUAAUACAUAUAUUUGGAAUGCUAGUUAGUGGCUAUGUAUAAUGCCUACUAACAUCUUCUGAGCAGUGCAAUGACCUAAAUCUGAUUGACAUAGAGCUACAAGAUUAGAAAUGUGGUUAACGGUAUAGAGAGAACCUUUAUGGCACUUUGGUUAUUAUAGUUGCUCCACCACACCAGAUUGAAUUGUUUCAUGACUCUCUUUUUCUCACCUAAGUGUCCCUAAAUGUCAGUAAAGAAGUGUGAUUAACCCAUAUAUAAAAUACAUAUUUAAUGAAUCUGUAUAACCCAAUUCAAAUAUUCUUACAAAUAGCCUCUCUUUUUCUCUCUAUCUGUGUAUCUAUAAAAUCUAAGAUAAGAUGCAUGUUUUUUUGUCUUUUUCGCCAGUAUCCACAAAUGAUCAGAGCUUUGAGGUGACAAUGACCGCUACCACUGAGGUGACUGACGAUGACCUAAAUGAAGAUUCAGUUACUCAAAUACAGGUAUGAUCCAAACAGAGGAAACUAAUUGGGGAGGAAAACUGAAAUCACAUGAAUUGCAAUGGCUGGACAAUGGGCACUGAAGUGAAAUGGCCUAUUUGUGCCGUAAUCCUUUAUAUCACAAGUAUAUUUGCUGUGAAUUGUAUUUCCUUCAUAACCUACUAAAACCUUAAAAGCACAGUCCUGCUACAUAACUGAUAUGGCUAUAGAUUUUUAUAUGUUUAGUUCUUCUAAACUGGCCAGAAGAUAUCUUAGCCUGCAUAUAUGUAAACAAAAAAUGUUCCUUGUUGUAAAACCAUAUACAAAUGAGAAAUGAUGUGAAUAUAUUCAGAUUGCAAGUAUAUAUGUCUUUAUUUACAAAUAUUGAUUAUGGUACUGAAGUACAUUGAAUUUUUUUCAAGAUUCUUCAGAACGAACAACUUGAUGACAUUUCUACUGCAGACAGUGAAGAGGUGGCAGUUAGCCGAGCAUGGUUUACCAGCAAAGAAGACAAAGAUUCUCUUACAAAUAAAGGUUGCUCUUAUAAAUCUGUUACAAAUUCAUUAUGAUUUUGGUGUGUGAGGAAAUAAAAUAAUAGUUACAUAUAUUAUUAUUCUAUGCUUGCAUGUGUUUAUUUCAGUGGGCGUAACAAAUACUAUAAUGCACAGCAUUACUGACUGAGCACUGUGAUUCUAAUUCCAGGGCAGCACAGGAAUAUGCAUGUCCUGGUCUGCAUGAAUUAGCAGGAGUUCUUGUCCUGGAUACUAGCUGCUGUCAUUCAUUCAGACUUUUUCCCAAAACCGUUAUCUUUUGUAAAUGUAUAGGACCUGUGAGUAAUAAAUCGUAUUUAUGAACAAUGUAAAAGCUGUAAUUUAUCAUGUUAUUGAUGUUCUCUGUGUUAUUCAUUGCUCUGAGUGUUGAGGAAUACAGGGUUAAUAUGAAUUUAUCAUGUGAAUUUCAAAUUUUAUGUAAAGGUAGCUCAAAUUCUCAAAGUCAGCUAUAAUAUCAUUCUUUAGAACAGGUGCCCAAAAUUGCAAAGCAUAUUCAAGAUGUGGUCCAACCAGUGAUUUAUAAAGAGGCAAAAUGAUAUUCUCAUCCCGACAAAUGAAUGCCCUUUUUCAUGCAUGACAAUACCUUACUGGCCUUAGCCACUGCUCCUUGACAUUGCACAUUGUUGCAUAGUUUGUUGUCUAUAACAAUUACCAAGUCCUUUUUGUGUGUUGUUCUCUCUAAUUCGCAUCCAUUAUGGGUAUGAGUUGCUUGUGCAUCACGCCGAAUGCAUAACUUUGCAUUUUUCAACAUUAAAUUCCUCUGCCAUUUGAGUGCCCAGUCCCCCAGUAUAUCUAAAUUCCUCUGCAGCAAAGUAAUAUCCACCAUCUACUAAAGUAAAACCACCAUCUACUUUUACUUUGAAUUAAUAGACUUUCUUUAAUAAAUACAAUUUUAGUUUUUUUACUGUGAGGAUACAUGUAAAAGAUAAGUUGAUGUACAUGAGUUUCAGAGAAACAAAAAGAAGUGCAUACCAAGAAUAAAAAGUUACCUAUAGCAGAAUAACUUGGAAUAUGCCAUCUAUCAAUACUUUCCUUUUAAAACCAGCUUAUCUUUCAGGUCAUAGGUGGAAACAAGGGAUGUGGUCCAAAGAAGAAAUUGCAAUACUAAUGAAUAACAUUGACCAAUACCUGAAGGUAAAUGAAAACCACUUAUCUAGUGGAUGAAGAUCAAUAUGCCCUUUUAUAUAUGUCCAUUUUGUAUCUAUAUAGUCCAGCAAGCUUUGUUUGUAUGCUUGCUUUCAUCUAUAGUGUAUUGCUCAUUGUGGAUCUACUUCAAAUUAUUAACAUAUUUAAUGUCCAUUUUCCUAAUUUGUAAUAGUGUGCAUUUUCCUACUUAUUCUGUUCGAUAUACUGAAGAAUGUGUGUGGCCUACGAGUGACCUACUGAUGAAAUGUAUUUUUUCCUUCCUAGACACAUGGCAUAAAAGAUGCAACUGAAAUAAUCUUUGAAAUGUCAAAAGAUGAGCGAAAAGACUUCUAUAGGACAAUAGCUUGGGGUCUGAAUCGUCCUCUUUUUGCAGUGUAUAGGAGAGUCCUCCGCAUGUAUGAUGAUCGGAACCAUGUAGGAAAGUAAGAGAAAAACAACUCCUUGGCAGUCCUAAAUAUGAUGCAAUUGCCACUCUUCAAUGAAUGUUUGAUUAAUGAUCUAGUUUAGGCUCAAAAUUUCCACCUUCCAGUAGUCAUUGGUGAGUGAAAAUGUAAUUCGUACCCUGGCAAGGGUGAUGGUGCUAUCAACCCUCCAAGCUUUCAGUGGCAAGUACAUCUUAAGGCCUGGCUAGAAGUGGAGAACAUGAUAUUUUAACCGCUGGGUAACAAAAUUAAUAGUGUAGGGCCUACUGUAUACCCAGUGUAAGACUGAAGUCUAAGGAAAGUUGUAAGGAUUCCUGCAAAUUUGAGGAAAAAAAACCACAAACUGCAUUUGCCCACUGUAUCCUACUGGUACACAAUAGUGAUUGAUGUAGUGAAAGUGGACCUGUCACCUGCAAAACCUGUGGAAGGAAAUGUAGACCUCUCUAUUUUUUAGUGUUUUUACAAUGUCCUAUUACCUCCAACACAUCAGCCGAUCUCAGUUACAUUUUCGGCAUAUAGGACCUUCCUAUCCCAUCUACUCAUUACGUGCCGCUUACUUCAAGCACCACCUACCACCACCAAUCAAAAUUUGAAUCAAUGCACCAUAUGAAAGAACACUUCUGGUCUUCCUUUUGGGAAAAUAUCCAUACUAAGAAUUCAAAAUGAAUUAGUAUGUAUGUUUAAAAUCAGUGCUAUUUUCUAGUUCGUCUCUAUGGCUGCACUUAUUGUUUUGGUGUUCUAAAUACACUGUUUUUAAAGACCAUUUUUUGUCUUCUGCAGGUACACACAUGCGGAAAUUGAAAAACUUAGAGAGUAAGUUAUAAUGAAUAUAAUUAUGUGAAAAACUGUGUGCAUAUUAUGCUUUCAAAAAUGUUUUGCAGAUUAAUAAGAUCACCACCAAUGGGAAGUAGUUUAUAUUUAUUGUUAAUAAAAAUAACUAUAUAUAAAUAAAGCACCACAAUAUGUUUCGUCUUUACAGGUAGGAGCUUAGUAAAUAAGCUGAGGAGUAGUAGGAAAUGCUAUCGUUCUGCAGUCUUUUUGAAAACUGUUUGUUUUGUUUAUAAAUUAAAUGGGAAAUUUGUUGUUUAAAGCAGGCAUUUAAGAAUAACCACUUACGAAUUACUUCUGUUUCUUGAAGCCAUAAAUCGAGGAUGAAAUAUUUACAUAGGGUACAAGUCUUUAAAUCCAUUUUGUAGACCGUUUUCUUGUCUUAUUGUCAGGUUACGAAUGAAGCAUGGUAAUGACUGGGCUACAAUAGGUGCUGCUCUUGGUAGAAGUGCCUCAUCAGUCAAGGAUCGCUGCCGGCUAAUGAAAGAAACAUGCAGAACAGGUUUUUACAAGUUUAUCUUUAUUGGACUUUCAUAAACCAAAUUAUGUUCUUACAGACAUCCUGAAAUGGAUCCAGCUGACAGUACAAAUAUUUGCUACAAUCUUUAUGUAGGCUGUCUGGUGGACGUAGGAUUUUAAAUUGUGAUAAUUUAAUAUUAAGCUGAUCAUUAAUACUUUUACUACCUUUAGUGAUUCGUAGAAGUCCAUGCUCAUGGCCAAUUCUCUAAAGAUUCCAAGGCCUCCAUCCUGCCUGGGUAUUGUUAAUUAUGUUUAGAUGUUUGUUGGUGGAGGUAAAAAAAAGUGUUACUUAUGACUACUUUUACAGCCACUAGCAGAAGAAUAGGACCUCAGUAACAUGAAGCCUAAUGUUUUCAACAUGGCUGUCUUCUGAAGUUUAUCUCAGGUAGGAAUGUUUUAGCAGACCUUAUGACAAUUGUUUUAGAGGUGUCUGCUGUUCUUUCCUAUAGAGUAUGUAGGUACACCCUCUAAUUUAAAAGAUAUCAAGGUAGUAUUAGAUAUCACAUAUAGACUAUUUUUAUUUACAUAUAUAUUUAUUCCUUUUAGCCACUACUCUAGCUUACACACAGUCUCAAUUGUUGUGGUUAAUUUCAAAUUUGUUAGGGAAGUGGACAGAUGAUGAAGAGCGACGACUGACAGAAGUAGUCCAUGAGCUGACCGGCACUGAGACAGGAGAUAUUGUAACUCAAGGAGUGUCCUGGGCUUCAGUGGCAGAAAGAGUUGGAACACGAUCUGAAAAACAGUGUCGAUCUAAGUGGUUGAAUUAUUUGAAUUGGAAGCAGAGUGGAGGCACCCAGUGGACCAAAGAGGAUGAAAUCAAUUUAAUACUAAGGUUUGUUUCUUAAGAUCAGUUUAACUUGUUAACCAUCUGCAUAGCAAGACCACGUAAUGUUAUCUCACAUAUAUAUUAUUCUUAUUAAGUGUUCUUGCAUAGCAAGACCACUUAAUGUUAUCUCACAUAUAUAUUAUUAUUAUUAUUCUCAUUAAAGCCAAAUUUACCACCCUAACUCCUCCCACAGUUUUUACACUACAUAGACAGUAAUAUACCGAAACAUGCGGAUUGCUAUUACUUUGUGGAACGUUUCGCCGAAUGGUUCACGGAAUAUCGUCGUUCUUGUGGCGAAAUUGGUCCCAUAGGAAUGAAUGGCAAAAUGUUCAAAACUAGAGUGGGAGCUAGCAAGGUGAAAAAUCAGGACAUGAUUUCUAAACUGCCACCAGUCCCUCAUUUUCAAGCCCACCUACACAAAUCUUAUAUCAAAACGUUCAGCUAUCCCUGCUGCCACUAAAAAUCCAUGGCUAAGCCAUAGUCCUGAUAGUUUUCACUAUAUGACCAUUUGUUUGCAACUCACGCCAUCCAUUGACAUUCAUUGAAACGCCACUCCAGCCAACUUAAAUUUGAAGGGCAAUUUCUAAACUGCGACUGUGCCUUCAUUUUUAAUACUUCUUCGCUGUAGGAUGUAUAGUUUCUAAAAUACGACCGUUUGAAGAUGGCAACCGCCAAAAUACUCUGACCUGUGCCAGGCUGGAGCAGCAAGUGAUGUCAUAGACAGGGUUUUUUUUACACCUGCUAAUGUUUUUAUAAAUGUAUGUUUUAAUGUAACUGUGAAGCACUUUGGGCAACAACAUUGAAAUUAAAUUUGCUAUAUAAAUAAAUAAAAGUUGAAAUGCAUUUCUCACUCUAUCAAGCUUGCCAUGUGCACUUUUUUUAAAUUUGAUCAAUCAAUUGGUUAGUGUAAUGUUUACUAUCUUUACUCACUCCAAACACUCCACACAGUUACUCUGCCCACUCCAUAAAGUUACUCUGCCCAGUCCAACCUUUCCACAGUUACUCCACCCACUCCAACCACACAACAGUUACUCAAGAUACUCCACCCAGUUACUCUGCCCACUCCAGUUGUAGACUACUGGUGGAGGCAAGAACACUUCACACAAUUUCCCCAGAAAUUGUAGCUUUUCUAGUUCAAAUAUAAAAGACUUUUUCUAACAGAGAAUUCACAUUAGACUGGAGAUAUUCCCAUGUAGGUCAUUUAAAGGAAAACUAUGGUACCAAGAAUACAGAUGUGUAUUCCUGACACUUUAGGUUUAAAAUAGCCACUUAGGUCCACUUCCCCCCUGUUAAAAAUUUGAUUUACUCACUUUUUUUUUCAGUGUCGUGCAGGUCUCCUCAUGGCUGUCCCUGUUCUGCUCCUUCUCCUUGGCUGAGAUUAUCAAAUUCGCACUGAGCCAAUCAGCAUCUCCUCAUAGAGAUGUAUUUAAUAAAUGCAUCUCCAUGAGGAACUUUCAGUGCCUUCAUGCAGAGACACUAAACGUCAGGGCUCAGCACUAAACCAGGAAGCGCCUCUAGUGGCCACUAGAGGUGCUGCCUCUGAAAAGGCUGUGUUUACAUUAAAAAAUGCCUACAGGGACAAGCAGUACACACCAGAACAACUACAUUAAGUAGUUGUUCUGCUGACUAUAGUGUCCCUUAAAAAUAAGAUGUUUUAUCUUUUUAUUACUUUACUCUACUUGCCUUUCUACAUUUCUUAUUUGUAUUACACAAAUGUGAUAGGGUUGUCAGUUUGAGAUCUAGCACAUGUGACCAUGUUCCAGAAUGCUUCCAUAGUGGGUUGAUCACACACAAACACACCUCCUCUGGCAAACCGUUGAGGCCUGGUUUUUAGUAACUGCAGAAAUUCUACAGAGAUUGUAAUGCUGACAUAAAUAGAAUCAUAAAUCCUUAGCAGGUUGAAAUGUGUGUGUGUGCGUCAUCUAAAUCAAUAAAGUGGUGUCAAAGUAGGUUGACAAAAGGCAGAGCUCCGCUGUCAACUUGAGUCAAAGCAGUGAGUGUGUGGGUAGUCGGUGUGUGUGUGUCUGUCUCUCAGUGAAUGUGUGUUUAUAUCUGUCAGUGAGUUUGUUUGUCAGUUAAUGCGUGUGUGUUUCUGUUAGUGAGUUGUGUGUCUCUGCCGGUGAAUGUAUGUGUAUGUCUGUCAGUGAAUAUGUGUUUAUGUCUAUCAGUGUGUGCCUGUGAGUGUGUGUAUAUAUGUCUGUCAAUGUGCGUCUGUCAGUGAGUGUGUGUGUCUGUUAAUGCGUGUCUGAGUGAUUGUGUGUCUGUCAGUUUGUGUCAAAUCAGUGAGUGUGUGGGUAUGUCGGUGUGUAUGUCAGUGUGUCUGUGUGUAUGUCAGUCAAAGCAUGUGUUCGUUUUUAACAGGAAGAGGUGUGGCCUUGACAGGAAGGGGUAGGGCAAAGUCAAAUUAGGGGGUCCCCUAGUUCCAUCACGCCAAGGUCAGCACAAAUCCAAAAUACACCAUUGGUCACCAGAAACAAGCAGCAGAUCUCACCCUUGGGGUUUUUGCAGGCUUUGUAUUAUCAAUAGUUCUUGAAAUCAGUCUGAAUCCUUUUUCAGAAAAUCAUUCUCAUGUUUGUUCCUAUGCCAGGAUAGCAGAGCUUGGCGUGUUAGAUGAAAAUGACAUAAACUGGGAUAUAUUGUCAGAGGGAUGGACCAGUGUCCGCUCACCACAGUGGCUCCGAAGUAAAUGGUGGACUGUCAAACGGCAAAUUGCUAAUCACAAGGAUGUGUCAUUUCCUGGUAAGGUUUAUGUGAUUUUAAAAACACUAGCAUAUAAGAUUAUCCCAAUGUUUUUAAAUUGCUAACACUCUCUGAUUUAUAAGAGUGAUAAUCAUUUUAGAGUGAAAUAGUUGCAUUACAAAACAUAUCUUUCUGCUUUGUCAGAUAUAGACACUGAAGUGUUAUUUGUCUAGAAUUCAAAGUGCAGUUGAAAUCUUAAAGAAAUAAGGCAAAUUCCAACAAGUCAGUUAUACCUUUUGGAAUUCCUGACAAUUCUCCUUUUAAUGAAUAUCCAUGUGUAAGUUUGUGCUUUAAACACACUUGCUAACACACUUUUAGUCCCUAUUGAAAGGAAAUGCUACUACAGUUGGACAAUAUAAAAAUACUGCUUUCAUAGAAAAAAGGUAUGCUGUUUUGGUAUCAAGGUGUGAAACAUACGUAACUGUGGCUAGAAAUUCAGAUAAUUGAUGAGGAAUCCUUCAGUAUAUGAAUUCUACAUUACUCUAAACUUGCAUUAACUCCAAACUUGGAGCAUUAAAACUGCAUUUAUUGCAUUAUACCCUUGUACCCACAGCAGUAACAGCACACAGUGUUGUAUAAUUAACUCCAAAAUGUUGCAUUAAAGUGUCACUGUCAUUAAUUAUAAAAUUGGAGGUAUUCUUUGUCUCUCAAUAUUACUCUUGGCUAACAAAGAAAGGGUGCCAAAAGCAGACCCAGGACCUUUUAAGACUCAGCCUGGGUCAUACCCCUAGCAGUGUGUGUGUGUCUAUGUCUUGUAUAAAAAUUGUUGGGAAUUCAAAGUUAAUUUAACACUUUAGAUCAAAAUAGCCAAAUGGGAACCAUUGAUUACCUCGAGAUUUUUUUUUUUCAAUUCAGCUUUUUUGGUCUUAAAUUUGAAAUUGCUGACAAUUUACUUUUGUAAAUAACUCUGUAUAUGUGCGUCUGUCGCCAUGACUGCACUUGUAUGUAUGUUAUUUUCUGUAUGAGUGUCCCCCCAUUCUUACACUUGUCUUUAUGCUUGUCUUUGUGCAUGACUGAAUGGCUCUACCCAAAAAAUGGGUAACGUCCAUUUGGAUGGUAUAGCUGCAGACUAGGGGUGGCCAAAAACUAGUUUCCAGUUAUUGUGAAACUAUAACUCUUGUGGUAGUUUUCGCUCACGAAGUCAUUAGAUUAGACACUUUGUUUACUGGCAUUCUCUAUUAACAAUGAAUAUAUGUAUUGCUUUCAGUGUUGAUAAAAGGUCUGCGGCAGUUGCACGAACACCACAGCACUCUCCUGGGCACGGAGGAAUUGGAGAACAAACCAGAUAUUCAGUCUCAGGGCAGUAAUGGCAAUGUGCAGCAUGUGCAGAUAAGAGUAGCUCACUUGGAGGACAGCCCAGGUCUGCCACAAAGCUCCAUGUCAGCCUUACAGAUUCCUGUACAAAUUACCCAUGUCUGUAAGUCAAAUGUCUUGUGCGUUCAGCCUUUCAUAAGAGACUAAAAAAAUUAGUAAUGUCUUAAUAGAAAGGAUUUUUAAUUUAAGAGGUCAAAUAUAUCUGGAAAUGCUGAGAGUAUCAUGGAUAUAUUUGCACUGUUUUUACAGCUGCAACAUGUUUGGUAUUAUCAGAGAAAGAUAAAAAUGAAAGGACAACUCUCACCUCAAAACUAGUUUUUAAUAUCCUUUCUUUACGUUCCAAAAAGAAACAGAUUGUUUAUUAAAUGAAGUAAAUGUAAAAUAAAAAUCUUGUUACUCUCUCUGGCCUCCCCUGCUUCUUUAAAGAGAGUGAAUCAGGGAGGAUCAAAUGGCAAAGAGGUCAAAUAAUGAGCCAAUCCAUUAAUUUGGUUCACCAAUUGGAUUGUUCCAUAGUUAGAACUUUGGUGCACUGCAUAAACUAUAUUGCUAAAUACAUAAAUGAUGUGCAGAUUGCUAUGUAUGGAAACCACCAGAUGAGAGUUAAUGUUUGUAGGAUAUAUAUGUAUAUAUAUAUACAAUUUUUAUUUCCUUUUUUUUCCCUUUUAGCCUCUUCAGAUUCAUCUUCUCCCACAACUGACCCAGAAACAGUAACACUAAACAGCGGCACACUACAGACAUUUGAAAUCCUUCCAGUAAGUGGAUAACUAAACAUGUUUAAGCAUAUUUCCUUGUUUUUUAAUGUACUGUACAGAAGCAAAUAAAAGUUUUUAAAAACCAAAUAAAAAAGUUACUUGUGCACAUUUAAAUAACUGAAUGUUUUUAGUAUCACUGGCCAUUAAAGUGUAAGCUUACCUGCCACUUCUUAGAUGACUCCUACACUAAAAGGCAAAAUCUCUAAUAAGACAGAGAUGGGUAUUUAUCUUAACUGCUGCACACGUAUUAACCCUUAAUGGGGAACACAUGGGUUGGGCAGCUGCACUGUAACAUGGCUGUGUAAUAGAAAAGCAAAUACAAAGCUGCCCAGGAGUAGUGGGAGGACUUAAUUUUGGAUAUUUGUAAAUACAUGUUAUUGUAUUUUUAAGAUUUUAUAAAGACAGUCUGGUAGGAAGGUAUUCAUUUAUCAGUUGUUAUUUUUGCCUGUUGUACAGUAAAAGGCUGCAUAGGAAGGAGGAACAGUAAUUAAGACACCACUGUCCACCAUACCGUUUCUAUCCAUAUAAUACUAUUUGUGAAAUAGUAGUUCUUACAUUGCUGUAUUGGAUAUCAUGGAAGUAAAGGCUUCUUUAUGCAAUGAUGGUACUAUGAAUAUUAAGCAGAUUUAUAUGUCUUUAUAUUUUAUUUGUCAUCGCCCUAACUUAAUUCUCUUUUCUUUUUCAUCUUAGUCAUUUUACUUGCAGCCAAGUGGCACCACAGGAACAUUUAUCCUUCAGACGGGUUCAAGUCAAGGUCUUCCAAUAACACUAACCUCGAACCCAUCAGUGACUCUCACAUCCAACUCCUCUCCAGCAUCACCAGAACAAAUCAUCGUGCAUGCCUUAACUGUGAGUUGGCUCUCUUUUACCAUCAUCUUUGCACCUAUAUUGCUCAUUAGUGGUAAAACAAUCAAGAGUCCAAUGCUCUGUACAAUAAAUAAAACAAUUUAGUUAAAUUUGAGUGUUUGCAUCCCCCUAACAAAAUUGUAGAAUGUGAACACAUGCUCAAUUUUUCUUAUUAAUUUAGGAGAUUGUAAAACACUCAUUUGUCUUGGAAACAUGCAAAAACUGCCUGAAAGGAACAGGAUUUUGAGCUCUAAUUGUAUUUUUGUAAGCAUUUUUUAUAUAGGAAUUUAAUGGGCUAUAAAACGUCAACAAUCUGGUCAUACUGUGAGAUACACAUUCAAAAUCAAAUUCCAAAGACUUUACAGAGUAGUUCAAAUAGGAAGGAGUUUUAUUCAGGAUCAGGAGAACAAAAGUAUAUACAUUAAAUGUACAUGACUAGGGCUUGAUGCAAAAAUAUUGUAUAUAAUUUUGUUGUCCUGAUCCUGAAUAAAACUCCUUCCUAUUUGCACUACUUUGAAACCUUUGGAUUUUGAUUUCUGAAUACUUUGAAUGGACUGUGGAUCGCUUCCAUGGUGCUCUAGGUGUGCUAGCAUAUUCUUCCCUGAGUUUAUUCCAUGAGUUCAACAUACCUUUGGUGUUAGAUACACAUGUUCGUUAACACAAGUAGCCAAACAUUGACCUUUAGCUUAAUAUAUAAUCCCCUGUACGAAUACCUACUAAGUAUUUGUGGCAUUUGUCACCUUUAAUGAGUUUGCCCAUCUUUUUAUUUUAUCUCAGAAUAUUUUUUAUGUUUUAUUUAUUGCACAAUUUCCUAUAAUCCAAAUGAAUACCCUCUGAUAGAUCCUCAGGCUAGGUGUGAUGUUGGUUUUAACGCUUUAGGUAACACAGUUCACAGAAACAUCCUCACACCAUUAUAACUUCUGUCUGAUUAAUUUGUUAUGGUGCCCAGAGCUAAACUAAAGAGACAGACAAUUACUCAGAGCACAUUUCUUACAGAGACUUCUCAUUGAGAUGCAUUUGGAAGUCUGUGAUUGAACAGCUACAGAAAGUCUGGGCUGGGGAAGCAGGAGAGGGCCUUGGAAAGGCCCUUAAGAACACAAGACAUGUGUGACAUGUCAUGAUUCCCUUUUAUUCCAGAAGUUUGGUCCUUAAGGGGUUAAAGGGACAAUCCACACCCCUAAAACACUUCAGCUUGCUGGAGUUCUCUAAGUGUGAAUAGAGUGCUCUUUUUUUUUAUAUUACAAAAAGUGCAGAUUUCAAUAGAAAUUAAAACUUUUAUAAAUUAACAGUGUUACACAUCCCUUGCUAUCAAUUGGAUAACCGGUCCUAUAACUUGCUGGUACUUAAGCAAAGACUUCUCAUUGAGCUGCAUUGUGUGAUUGGACAGCCACAUUAGUCUGGACUAAAUUAGAGGGGAGCUUGCAAAGACUUUAGACAAGAGCUUUUGAAAUUCGUUUUAGAUAUACCCUUAAUUAAAAAAAUGCAUAAUUCAAUGUGUGCAUGUUUUUGUUUUUAUUUUUUAUACUUUGAUUUCGGCAGUAGAGUAUCCCUUAAUGUCAUACAUGUUUAUUUGGGCACAUGUGUCCACUGCUCUCUUGACUUUAACUAUGUUAUUUCUAUAACUCUAUUAACAGCCUGAGCACCUACUCAACACUAGUGAUAAUGUCACAGUCCAUUGUCAUACACCUGGCAUUAUAAUUCGUACAGUGACAUCAGAUGAGAUCACAUCACCCUUGGCUCAGGCACAACAUUCUAUCGAUUCAGACUUGCAGCAAGAUAACCUGAGCAAUCCACAUAAUGCCCUGGAAGCGAACUCAUUCUCCCAGGAUAUCCAUCACACAGACAUUGAUGCAGACCAGGAAGCUUUAUACUGCGCUGAGCAAUCUUUAAAGUCACGGUCCAGAAGAAGCAUGAAAUUAAUGCAUCAUGUUGAAGCAUCUGAUGAAACCUGCUCAGGAGAUUUAAGCAGUGACAAUGACAACCACAUUGGCCUGACUUCAAAUUAUGUAAAAGGAGUAAGUGUUAAGACAAUUAACAUAGUUCUCAGGCUAAUCCUAAAACUUGUCAAUAUGUUAUAGGGAAGCCUUUUUUAGUAGAUUGAGAAAUUGUCUAUUUUGAUUUGGUUGGAAGAAGAAUGGCUGUUUAAAAGGACACUACCUCUAAACAUGUAAACUUGUUUAACUGCUUUACUUCAGCUUUUAACAUCUACUAUUUGUACGUAUGUGUCCAUCUUCUGCAUGUUUACAGUCUAGAGUCAGAAUCAACUGAGCAUCAGCAUGGAAGAAGAGGGGGCAGUAGAACUUAGGAUGAGUGCAUUGGGCAGCCAUUAUUAAACCACUCUUCAGAUUGGAGGAAAUACCAAUGUUUAGUGGAUAGAAGAGCCAUUUGAACUGCAUCUGUAACUUAAAGCACAACUUCCACUUUUGAAAUUUUGGACUAGAUCAUAUUGACUGUAUUGGAUUUCCGUGGAAAUUAUUACAGUCAUAAGGUAUACAUGAAAUAAAAUAGGUAUGUUUGGCAAAAUAUGACAAUGAAUGGGGCUUCCACCACCACAUCCUGUCAUUCACAAUGGCAUCUACAUGUAAGCUAUACAUUUCCUUAUACGAGAAGAUCUAUGGAAAAUGCAGUAGCCUUACAGGAUUUUCCCUAGACCCUCCUUUUGCAUUCAUGCAUACUCUAGAGCAGGGUUUCCCAAUUAAUUUUUCCCUUGGAACUCUUUGACAUGGUAUAGCAAAACUUUGUAACCCCCCCAAAAAAAUGUGCACCGUAGUGCAGCGCAGACCUUUCAAUGAGCAGAGUGUAAUGUUCUCUUAUGCUGGCAAAUUCUUUUUAUAUCUGGUUUAAUUGUUGACAAUUGUAUUCGCAUGUCUGCAGUUGCGUCAAGUCGAUUUCGAUACUUUGUUUUUGUUGCAGAGUAGAGCGAGAAUCCAGUUUCACAUUAGUAUGUGCUUGCGAAUGGCAACAGAACUUUGAUUGCCCGCUUGGACAAUUCUGGGUAUUCUUUGCGUAAAUCACCCCAAAAAGUAAUAAGAGAAACUUCUUUACAUUUUUGGCUUAGUUGACUGUCAGAAGUUAUAUCAAUCAGAUUCUCAAAAUCUACAUCAGAAAAAUUGGAAAAAAAUUUAUGAAUGGAUUUCAUACCCAGUCAUUAUUGUUUUUAUUCAAGAAUGGAAAAUACUGAUUAAUAGAUGUGAUUAAAUGGCAAAGAUGAUCUACAAUUUCAUUGCAAAUUUCAUCUUCAUGUUCAAUUUCUGAUACUUCAAGAAAAUCCAUAAGUGUUGGCAAUGAGUUCAAAUUAUUUUGCUCAACAGAUGAAGUCCAAAACUGCAGCUUACGAAACAGUGACAAUAUUUUAUCUCUUGCAUUAAAAAUAUUAGUGUUUUUUCCUUGGAAUGAUAAACAUACAUCAUGUAAUUUUGUAAAUAUGUCUGCAAGAAAUGCUACUCCAGAUAACCACAUAGUGUUAAUUGAUCAGAUAAUCCAAAUUUAUGAUCCUGGAAAUACGCAAACAACUCUUGACGCAAUUCAAACAUUCUAACAAGUAUCUCACCUUGUGAUAGUCAACGGAGUUCUGAAUUUUUAAAGCAGAGCAGAGUGGUGACUACCCAUAUCUUUACAUAUUAUUUUAAAUAGUCGUGACUGUAAUGGUCGACUUUUUAUAAAAUUAAUCUGGACCGAUUCGUCUAGAACAAUUUAAAGUGAGAUUAAAAUAUUUUUGGCUACCAGUGCAUGUAUGUGAAGAACAGGUGCUGUUUUUUGCUACAUUUCUUAUUCGUGUCACAGCGCCUGCCACUUUCCCAACCAUUGCUUAGGCACCAUCACUGCACACAUCUACACAUUUGUCCCAAUUUAUACUGUGUGUGUUCACGAACUUCUGGAUACAGUUAAAGAUGUUCUCACCAGUGGUAUGAGUUUUCAAAGUUUCACACAGAAGCAAGUUUUCUUCAAUCUGUCAAAAUAAUAUCUAACAAAAACCAACAAAACUGAAAGUCCUGCAACAUCUGUGGACUCAUCUAAUUAGAGUUAGUAUCCAUCACAUUGAUGCAGUCGAGAAAUUAGUUCAAUAUUGAUGUCAUCAGCAAGAUCGUGAAUACGUUGCAAAAUUGUGUUGUUGGAAAGUGGCACAGCUUCAAUUUUUUUUACUCAACUUCUUUCUUUUGCACUUGGUUUUAUUCGUGAUUCUUCAAUUGUGUGUGCUUCUCCUGCAAGUGCUAUGUGGUAAUUCACUCUGUAAGAAGCCUCUGUGGCUCUUUCAUUAGCAUUUUGAAUUUUUUUGCUCAUAAAUUGUUUACUCUUCUGAUACUCCUUUUAGCUUUCGCUUAAAAAAGUCAACGUCUUUUUCUUUGUACUCUGCAUGAUUUUGCUCAAAAUGACGACAUAAUUUAGCAGGUGCUAAUUAACUGUUUGGUAAUAUUUUAUUGCAAAGUACGCAUUGUGCUUCAGGACAAUCUUCAUUUCUGGCACUUGUAAAUCCAAAUGACAAGUAGCUAUCAUCAUAUUUUUUUUCUUUGUUUGAGAAGAAAAUUGGCUAGCAUUGUGUGCUAUUUAUUUUUUUUUUUUGACUUGUCACUUGUCUCUGCUAUUUGAGGAACCGUAGAUAAAACUAUUUCGGGCUUGUUUUCAGGAUUUUUUGUUGUAUCUCCUUUCUAUAAGUGCCAAACAAGUAGAGGUAGUAAUAAUAUUUCUCUGAAGAGUUCUUUAACCAGCUUUCCAAAUUCUUAUUUGUUUAUUGGUAAAUAAAAAAUAUAUGUAUUUGAACACUUUGAAAAUAUACAGAUCUCACAACCUGACUGAAAAGGAUGCUGAUUUUGAUUAUGUUCUUAGAAAGAACUGAACCUUUGCAGGAUUUUUGAGUUACACAUGGAGCUAAAAGAUUUGAACACUUUGAAAAAAAUACAGUUAACAGUUUUUUCCCCCUUUAAAGAGUCUUUCAAUGCCCCUGGUAGAGAUUUUAAUGUCCCUAGCAGAGAAUUUCAAUAACCCUUACAGAGCCUUUUAAUGUCCCUAGCAGAUAAUUUCAAUGCCCCUGACCGAGCUUGUUGAUGUCCCUAGCAGAGAAUUUCAAUGCCCCUGACAAUCUUUGAAUGCCUCUGACAGAGUCUUUGAAUGCCCCUAACAGAGAAUUGCAAUGCCCUUGACAGAGCCUUUUAAUAUGCCAUUCAGAGCCUUUUGAUGUCCCUAGCAGAUAAUUUCAAUGUCCCUGACAAUCUUUGAAUGCCUCUGACAGAGUCUUUGAAUGCCCCUAACAGAGAAUUGCAAUGCCCUUGACAGAGCCUUUUAAUAUGCCUUACAGAGCCUUUUGUCCCUAGCAGAGAAUUUCAAUGUCCCCGACAGUCUUUCAAUGCCCCUGACAGAGGCUUUCAAUGUCCCUACCUAACAGAGAUUUCUACUUCCCUACCUAACAGAUUUCUAUGUCCCUACCUAACAGAGCUUUCUAUCUGACAAUAAGAGAGCUUUAACUAUCAGCUCCACUCUCUAUCACUCCUCUACCAUGAGUGAUAGAAAAUGGCUGAUGGCAGGGCUGGCUAACGGACGAGCUAAGUCUCUUAAGUGGCUGGCUGAAGGCAGGGCGGGCUUAAGAUCGCGGUUGCGCGAUCUGUGCUGUUUCCGACCUUCCGGGAACAUCAGGUAGCGGCGGCCAUGUUGGAUGUGGUAAAAUGCCACAGAACCCCAAUAUUGUUCUCACGGAACGAAACACCAAUUGGGAAACACUGCUCUAGAGUAAAAACAUGGCUCAGAUCUUAUCAAUGGAAGCUGAAUAGAUAGAACAAAUGGAACAUGGAACUUUAGGUAAGUUUAUUUCCUUCUAGGCAAGCAGACAUAUCACCAUAUGAUCUUUGGAGAACAUGCAAAUCCACACAAGACACAGUACCACUUAAGGCACUACACCAUUAGGAAAGCUGGCUGCAGUAAAUCUAAUGUAACUUUUCAUCUUUUUGUUUAUUUUUUUAAAAUUUAUUUAUUUAUUAACAAUAUUUUUAUUUUUGCAGUGCAUGGUGUAACAAACAGCCUUGCGCUGCCACAACAGCAGAUGCAAGCGUAGGACGGUGUACAGAGUAAACAGUAUUGUGGCAUUCAAUAACUGCACAUUUUUAAUAAUUAAUGACGUUAGGUUUAGGACAUUGAUUCUAACUAGGCGGAUGCAUACGCUAACAGACAAAUGGUAUAUAGGUCGCGCUAUAGGGACAUGAAAAUAAUAGGUAAAAUAAAUAUAUAUAUGUAAAGAGAAUAAAUAAAAUAAUAGUCCCAGUACUAGAAUGUCUUUUAAAUACACCUGUAAAAGUGCUUGAAUAUGGAGUGAGUCCAAUGAGUAGCUGGAUCUUCUGGAGCUGAAGGUGUCUCAGUCCAAUUGUAGAUAUAUGGAUAUGUAAAAGAGACAAAAAUACUCCAAUAGUGCAGAUUGCAAAUCGACGAGUUAAGAGAUAAAAAUCAAAUGGCAGAUAAUCCACUCACCUAUUCAUGAGCAUGGACUAGCUCAAGUUUUCAUAGCAUUCAGUGGCGUCAAUCCCCCACUGGUAAGAUAUGGGUGGUGAGAUUAUGAGGAGCUCCUUGGUAGGCGAUAAAAUAAACACAUAGUGCCUGACCUCCGUGUGUGUUAAGUUACAUGACUAGCUAAAAGCAUGGCAGGGUGCAUACUGUCUAAACCGGAACUAGUUAUGCCCGCCAGACAGGUUAAUUAUUCACUGUGAUCUGGGGUCAACUUGUGUGUCAUGCUGCCCAUUAAGCUCCACAGUCUUGUUUGUGAAGUAUUCCAAUGUUAGUAAGUGGUCGUGUUGCCGCGGGUUAAUGGGGUCUCAGGUAGAAUCAUCGUCAUCUGAUGCCUUUUUUAGGGGCCCUUUAGUGGGUCUCUGCAGUCCCCUUCUGUGCAGAUGUAGAUGAAGGUGUCCCUCCAGCUCCAGGCUGGUGUGCUGGCCUGCAUCUCUUGGCCACAAACUCGGUCACCUCUGGGGCCCGAGUUUUCUCCAUGUGUGGGAGUGACGGAGGGUCUUGUAGUCUUCUGUCGCUUGCGUUGUUUAUGCCUCUGUACGUGUGGGCGAUGCGUCUGGGUUAUCAGCCCAGUGGCCUGCACCCCGGGUGGGCCAGGUAGAGUGUGGGUGAAUGGAUGCGGUUGCUUUGCGCCCAAGGGUCUGCCCCUCACUCCCUGCUGUCUGCGCUUCUGCUCACCUGCCUUCUGUGGUUCAGGCAUGUCGGUUUGGGCUGCUGACUGCCGGUCCCUGAGCUUGUCCCAGAAGCGGUUGAAAAUCGCCUCUAGUCGCUGCGGAAGGUCAGACUGUUGCUGUUGUAGUGUCAGCAGCAUGCUCUGCUGGUGCGAUAUGCUGUCCGCCGCCAUCUUGGAUGCGCCUUGUGAAGGGCUGCCCCUCUGUCUUUCAGGCUCAUGCUUGUGGUAAGGCCUUGACAGGCCGCCCUAGACGUCCAGUGAGGACCGGGAUAAUCCCAGCCGGUCCGUGGGGAGGGGGUAAGGAGGUGAGUGUAUCGAGGUGUCUGUGCGUGGCUUUGCCAUCGGGGAGAGCAGCCGCCUCACCCUGGCUCGGUUGCGAGUAGGCCGAAUUUGCUUUUGCGGGUUCCCGGGAAGUGUGCGUCCCGUUUGUGGUGUCAUUAGAUGCCGCCGGAUUCUCUCGGCAUGUCGCGUGCUCUCCUGCCGGUGACUGCUCCGGUUUUCGGGGUAUUUACCCCUGAUUUUGUCGAUUUUGGUCAGGAGCUGUUUCUCGGUGCGUCUUUCCAGCUCGGCAGUUAGACCACGCCCCGUAACUUUUCAUCUUGUUUUAUCUAAUAGCUUGUCGUGUUUUAUAUAAUUAUAUAAAUAAAUAAAAGAGUGAUGUGUGGUGUAUCUAUUUUAAUUGAAAAAGUUCGAUAUAUUUACAAACUGUGGCGAAAGUAACCUCGCCACUUGUACUUGGAGAGGCUUGCUUGCCAGCCUCUUGCCCUGUGACUAUGGCCCCUGGGAUAUAUUGCCCUUUAAAAACACUAUUUGGGCAUAUUGGAUUUCAAAGGCACUGUUUCUACCGCUUGGACUUUUAACUGGAUAUGUUGUUCACCCAGAUCGGGGCUGUGAAGAAAACCCCUGUUUUAUGGACUUAGUUUGACUGUUUUAUUCCCCUCCUAGAACACCAGUUAAACCCUUAAUACCUUGUUACAUUCAAACACGGUCUGACCCAAUAACUGUCAUUAUUUUGUUUUUUGUUUUUCCUCAAAGAAGGAGUUGUUAUACUGCAUGAAUACUGUUGCUUUGUGUGCCAUUAAACAGAUCUCUACCCAGCAUUAAGCCUCGGCUCAUAUGUGGAGGGUUAUGCUAUGCCUGUGUCUACACUCUGCCUGGAAGGAUUAUUCACUAACUACUGGGAGAAAGGGAACCAAGACGGUCAGAGAGGGUUGGACCGUCACACAGACAAACUGCUUUUAUUUCAAGGAAGAACAGAGAGAGGCACUCGGUACACUACAAACUCAACAGCUCAUAUAGGGAAUGAGCUAAAGAAUCAGUGGGAGGAAUCGUCCCGUUUGUUGUAAAUUAUAUUCUAGCAUUAAGAUGCACUGUGUGGGCUGUCGUGUCAAUUUUGCUGUGCUUUGCUGAUGCAGAAGUUCACUUAUGACUAGGCUAACCACCCCCAGUUCUUGCUUUGUAUCCUGUCUGCCAAACGUUGGAUGGCUAGUGUAGAAACUCACUUUUGCAUUAGCUAAGAUGCAGCAGAGAGAUUUUUAAACAAAUUGGGGGUUAGGGUUGUUGGGAGGGGUGGCAUCCAAGACACUAUAACCAUGUCCUUUACAAUGGGUGUUAAAGUUGUAAGCUUUAGGGGGACCCUUUAAAUAUGAACUCACUAUUCAUACAGUUUGAUAAUUUAAUAGUUGUAUGUAUUAUUGAAUCUAACUGUGACAUGCUAGAAAAUUAGGCUAUUCUCUAACUUUUGUUGUUUGUUUUCUAUUUGUGUGCUAUUUUAAAGCAGAACUGACACUUAUCUAGAAAUUAGAACAUGCGAUGAAACCGUGAAAUCAUCCUUUAACUCAUGUUACCCUUUUGUCAUGUAAUGCUCCAUUCUGUUUUACAAUGUAUAUUACAGGUUUAAUAAAUGCUAGUACAAUACAGUCCAAUUCAGUUCAGGCACUACAAGAGCAUUCCAUGCAAAUGAGUAGGAGAACAGCAACAGUAUUGGUUACUCCUCUUCCAUUCAUAUUCCAUGUAUGUAUAUGAUUUAUUCUUUUUCAAGUGCCAGUUUGGGCACUAUAGCAAUUUAACAGAAAUUAAGUUGUUAUGGUGCCAGACGGUCUUGAACGGUUCAACCCCAAAGUCUGCCACCAACCUCCUGGCACCAAGGCAACUUAAUUUCGAUUAAGUUGUUAUGGUGCCUGGAGUGUUCCUUUAAGUGUUUGGUUUUUUUUGAGUAGGUCAACAAUUCUUGCAUCCAGCAGACUUUGUGGUCAGUAGCAUUUUAAAGGCACAGUAGGAAAUCUAUCAUUUAUAGUGUUUUCUUCUCAUAUUGUGCAAAGAAGACAAGAAAUUACUACUAUCAUGAUUACUAUAAGAAAAAGUAGUAUCUCUUAUUCCACAUUUUUUAAAGUUUUAAAAAAAUCAGUUUCUUCAUUUGUAUAAUUAUUGUGCAACUGUUUUUACUGCUCUUCUUAAAUGUUGUGUAGGGUCUGAGGCCUGUUAUGUUAGAAGAACAAGUGGGUCAGCAAAUCUCUGAAAAUGGAACACUGCUUAUAGUCCCAUCGUCCCAUAGUUACAUUCAGACUGAUGACAUUGAUGGCGAGUCAGUGCUUCCCCUUACAACACUUGCAGGUAUUGUAAACAUUUACUUCUCUGUCUUCUGUCUCAUGUUCCUAGAGCAUUCUUUUGUUUUAAUUUUGUUUUUUUAGUUACAGGCUGAAAAAAAAAUUAGUCCAUCAAGUUCAGCCUUUCUCACAUCUGUUUUUUUCUGUUGAUCCAAAAGAAGGCAAAAAACCCAGUUCGAAGCACUUUCAAUUUUACAACAAGCUAGGAAAAAAAUACUUUUGACCCCUAGAAUGGCAGUCAGAUUUAUCCUUGGAUCAAGAAGCUAAUACCACACAAUUUAAAAAUUAUAUUCCUGACUAUUAUAUUUUUGCAAGUAUGCAUCCAGUUGCUGUUUAGACAUCUGUACAGAAUCUGCUAAAACCACUUCUUUAAGCAGAGGAUUCCACAUACUUAUUGUUCUUACUGUAAAAAAAACAAAAAAAAUCCUUUCCUUUGUCUUAGACAAAAUCUCCUUUCUUCCAGUCUAAACAUGUGACUUCUUGUCUUAUGUAUAGUAAUGUGUGUGAAUAAAUUUCCAGACAAAGAUUGGUAUUGGCCCUGGAUAUAUUUGCAUAAUGCUAUCAUAUCCACUUUGACACAAUUUUUCUAAACUAAAGAGGAUUGAAUUUAACAUUCCUUCAUAACUAAAAUGUUCCAUUCCUUUAAUCAUUUUGUAGCCCACCGCUGCACUUUUCCUAGUGCCAUAAUAUUCUUCUUUAGAACAGGUGCCCACAAUUAAACAGCAUAUUCAAGGUGUGGUCUUACCAGUAAUUUAUAAAGAGGCAAAAUUACAUGUUCAUCCAGAGAAUAAAUUUCUCUAUUUAUACAUGACAAAACCUUACUGGCCUUGGUCACUGCUGAUCGACAUUGCACAUUGUUGCCUAGUUUGUUGUCUAUAACUAAUCCCAAAUCCUUCUUGUGUGUUGUUAUCCCUAAUUCACUACCAUUUCAGGUAUUGGUUGCUUGUGCAUUCUUUAUCCCAAAUUGCAUAACUUUGCAUUUUUCUACAUUAAACUUCAUUUGCUAUUUGAGUGCCCAGUCCUCCAACCUGUCCGUCUGCUGCAAAGUAAUAUCUUUUCUCACUGUUAUGUGCAGGAUAAUGCAGUGCACAUUAUCUUGCUGUGACCACGUGCUUAGAAGUGGUAGUAAAGGGAAAAGCAGAGAACUGUGGGGGUCAGGGUGGGCCUAGGCAUGCAAAGCUUUGUGAUGCAAUACUGAAAUGGUAUUGACGUUGCUGCUUAAUAACCCCUAGUCCUGAUGUGAUAGAGGGCUUUUACAUCCACAAUUCAGGGGUUUAAUCCUUAAAGUCCACCCAUAGUAACACUACUAUUGCAAAGAAGAUGAGCACUGUGGUUCCGUCACUGACCUAGAGCCCAACAGUUAUCUCCAUUACAUAUUAGUGGGAAAUUAUAUUAUUUUGGUGCAUCUUGGCAGUAGCCCUCUGCUAUAAAAAUCCCAGUAUUAUCAUCAAAAUGUGUAAGUUAGCAUUUAUAUUUGUGGUAAAUGAAAGCAAUUGUGGAUACCAUCUGCAGAAUGUGUUAAUUACCAUUCCCUAUACACUGAGUGAACUAACAGGAUGGGUAAAAGCAGUGAAAUGCUGCUCUUCUCUCCUUUUGUGUGCGGAUGAGGGAUGUUUAUAUUAGGACACCACUCCUUUCCACGAUUGUUGCCAUAAAUUGAGUGUUUGAGAAGAACACCAAUCCUGUGAUCCAUAUGUGCCAGGCAUCCACCUUGGUAUUUCAUGACCAUGCUUCCUAUAAAUAGUGUUUUUGUUAAUAUAACUGAAAAAUAAAAGUUAGAAAAUGUAAAAUAAAAUAUAUUUUUUCACGUUCAUGUUCUGCUUUAGGAAACAAUGUAUGUAGAUGGAAAGCAUGCUGUAUCAUUAUUGAUACAUGAAAAUGGGAUGUUGCUCAUUUUGUAUAUAGACAUUAGUCAUAUAGUAGAGCUCAAGGUAGCAAUAUUUUUCCUGUAGAGUGUAAGAUUUGAUAAAAGUUCACAAUCUUUCAAUGUAUUAGUUUGCACCAUAUUGUAAUUCAAUUUAAUAUCUGAAAAUUAUGACUCUUGCAAACAGAAGUACCUACUGUAAAAUGUGGAAUAAAUAACAUAUUAUAUAAAUAUAUUUUUUUAACUGUUAUUUAUUUAUUUUCCCCUCACAAAUCAAGGUCCUUUCCAAAUAUGAGCAAUAUUUAUAUUGCCAAUUUCAUUAACACUAACUUUUUAUUUGUUUCAAUCUAAGAUCCGAUUCUGCAACAUCAUGGUGAGAGACCAAACCUGAACGACUCAUCUCUAGAUGGACCAGACUCUGAUGACUCAAAAGAUGUUGAAGAUCUUUAACAGUGCAUUCCUCCAUUCCUACUCACUGGUCCUUUACUGGGCCUUGCUGCAUCCAUUCCACCCACCUCCAAGUGCUUUCUUGGGAAUGGCAACCCCAGGUGGUUUCAAAUGAGUUGACUAUUUUUCUAAAUGCCCUCAUAUCACCAGCUUAUUGUAUUACAACUGGACACAUAUUGCUUUGGCCAGCACUCUCCCUAGAUUAAAUAUCUUAGGAAAGCCAGUUUCCUUUAGCUGCAUACAGAUUGGAAAUUAGAGGAAGUUUACAAAACCACAAGAUUUCCUUGCUUUGUCUGCAUUUUAAUUCACUUUGAAGUAAAGUACUAAGUGCAAUAGACAUUUUGGAAAGGUUUAUAUUCUUGACCAUAAGAAGGUGUGGUCUGUAUAAAGCCCGGUGUUAGUACUUUGGGUCAGCUUUAACAACAGAUGUCACUGAUUAACAUUUGCUUACAUAGCCUUUUCUGAUCAAACAGCAGGGCCUUCCUGUCUGGUUAUGGAUCUCUCUAGUGAGUAUCGUGUAAGCAGCAAGCUCGUGAGAGAUUCAAUUUUGUUCCAAGUUAUGUUACAGGCAGUCAAUAGAAUUCGCUCUGAAUAGGAAAUAUAGAUCAAGUUCAGAGAAAAUUGUUAUAGUGGGUGUCUGGCAGGGCACCUAUAUAAAUGCAUAUAUCUACAGGACUUUAUGUGAACUAUGCAAAGAAACUACAGGAACCGUAUUUGUGAAUCCCAAUCCUUUCAGUUGUAUGAAAUGGUUAUGGUGCUUAGCGUUACCCUUUAACCACAUUAGAAAAUGUAAUGUUACAGGGCCUAACUGAGGUCACACUGCAAACACAUGCAGUCUGCAUGAUGUGAGAUACUAAAAAGUAAACAAUAAGAUGAUAUUCACACAAAUAAUAUAUUUAUGUAAUUUAAUUCCCCAUUGGUGUAAGAUACAGUUAUGGUAAUGGCAAAAUGACAAACUAUUUAAGCAGCAGAUCUUUAUCAUGGUCAUAAUUACAGGUAGUGAUAUUGCAUUAUAGGUUGUGAUCAGUAUAAAAUAUAAUUAACUUAAAGUUCAACACUAAAAUUAGCAGCAUAUGCAGAGACCUCCCCCACCCCCACCCCCACGAAUUUACUUUUAUUUGUAAAAUGUAUUUAUUGACGGAGCCUAAAAGUGACUGUUCCACCAGACACUUAGAAAUAUCUAGGUCAACAUUCUCAGUAGAUUUUAUUCUAAACAAGUUUAACUAUAACAACCAUUAAACUUUUUUUUUUUAACUUAAAGUGGAGUUGUUUUAUGACCUCUCAUACAGGUGCAGAAAACUGUGACCUUGUGAUACUGGCAGCCAGAUCAGAUUGAGAUUUCCUGUCAGAUUAGUCCAUAGCUUGCCACCAUUCAAAUUGUGUUCAGACUUGCAAAGGUCAUGGACUAGACCCAUUUGGAGAAUUUUCUUAAAUGUGGUAAUUUGAUUCACUUUGUUUUCUAUUGAAAACCAUGAAAGGUCCAGAUUUCUUAUAAAAGAUGGGCUUUGCUCAUCUGAUAAAAGUAUAUUAAUUUUUACUUUUUCUAAAGACAAAAUUGUCUUUGCAAUUUUUAUUUUUUUCCACUCUUUUACAAGUUAAACAGAAGAUUUCUAUUGCACUUUCAGCCAGCUGUAUUUUCCUAAUUGUCUCACAAGACAAUCCUUAAACACAUGGACCUUAACGUUUUGUUUGUAGAAUAAUCUUGUUUUGUCCCAUUUUCCCUUGUGAAAUUUUUUUAAAUUCAUUUUGGAGGUUUAGCUAUACGUAAAAUGGGUUGACUACUUUUUCUUAUAGAGAGUUUGUGACCCAUUUUAGUUGCUAAGUUAAUUUACUUACAAUCCAUCAAAGGAAUCCCAGAAGAAUGGAAAACGGUAGACAAACAUAGGAUGAAGGUUCCCAAGUACUGAUAUCUAGUACCAAGCAAAAACUUAUAAAAAGGCAAAGAGGGAGUAAUAUCCGGCUGCUUCCUUACCUUUAGGGGUUAAACCAUUCACGAAUGGUUUAACCCCAAAUCUGGUCUGUGGCGCAGGUUCUUUGUCCUCAUCCGCGGUCAGAAAUUCUUCUCAAAUAAGUCUUGGACUGCUGCCAUUCAUGAAUGAUUUAACCCCUAAAUGUAAGUUAGUGCCAGAAACCUUCUGGUACCAUAAAAAACUUAAUUGCCCAGAGUAUAUACAUUUUAAAAGAAAAUGGAAAGUCACCUAUAACUGGUUAACUUUUUAUGUGGUGUUCAAUGUUUUAUUCAAGGGUGUAAUUUCCAGAGAAGUGACAGUUGCACUUUAUGCUGUCAAAACAAUCUAAUAAUUUUGGAAUCUAAAAUAAAACAUUUCCUUAGCAUAGCAGGGUGUUAAACAGCUGUAUAUACUGAAUAUGCAUGAAAUGUCUGCUUGUAUAAGGUCAUGGGGAGUAGACUGUAAUGUCAGCAAAGAAUGUAAGUGGGGUUCUUCAGUGGUUUAAACUGUGGUAGAGGGCCACUUUUUACAGUCCCAAAAUUGCAGUGUUGAUGCAUUAAAAUAUGGUACAUAAAAUAUAUAAAUAUAUCAGACCACCAAUAGUACCAAAGAGUCCACUUUGUAUGAUCAUUUUACUUUGGGAUGGGUGGUAAUCUGCCAAAGGUGCUAGUCUGAUUUCAUGUAGUUGAAGUAUUGUUGGAAUAUAUUUAUUUUCUUGUAUGGUUUUCCCCCAUAAGAUAGGUGCUGGCAUUUUGUAGACCUUUUCAAAGAUAACUGACAAAAUGGCAUGUAAAUAUUUUCUUUUAUUUAUUUAAACCUUCAUUCAAAAUGUCUUUCAUAACCUAAUAUUACAGUUUUGGUAAUGUGAAAUAGUACUUACUGGCAUCUGUUGCAUAGUAAAAACAAACUGUUAUAUUUAAACUAAAUAAACACACUUGACAUAAUGCCUUUGAAGGUUGUUCUUCCGGAAUUGAUCAGAAUUUCAGAAACAAAAGUGCUUUCACCAGAAUGUCUUAAGUGCAACAAUGGUGUUUUUUUUUUUAGUUUUUUGUUUUUUUAAAUAAAAGAAAAAAGAGGAAAAAAAAAGUGGGGGUUUAGUCUCUUAUGGCAGUAAGUCAUCGUCACUUCAGAACAAAAAAGGGAUAACUGCAACUCCAUAGUUUGAUCCACGAGGUGUCCUUCUGUUCAUCACAACGCUCUGGAACAGGCUUUCUGCUAUUGUCCAUGUUUCAUUUCCCCACAUCAUGAAAGUAUAAGUUGGCACAUAUACAUAAC